CUUUGAAAAGCAAACCCUCCAGAGUGCACAGUAGUAACAUUGAAAUGAAGAUAAAAACGCUGUGUAACAUGCCACGUUUCCACAAUGCCAGCUGACAACCAGACAGAUUCAGACGAGGAGGAGGAGGAAGAUGACGGCGGGAGUGAGGGAGGAAAUAGUUCAUCUGUUGUCACUUUUUUCAGCAGUUUAAUUUCAGGGUUUGUACGAAAGUGGGGCUGCUUCCGAACCGUUCACAACAUGUUAAACGUCCCGACCCAGUCCUUUCCGGCACCGAGCUCCCAGCAGCGGGUCUCUCCGUCCGGCCAGUCCGGGAGGAACAAGGUGGCAUUGAAGCCGGGCCACAGUCUCAUGGACUGGAUUCGGUUUGCCAAGAGUGGAAAAGAUCUUACUGGACUCAGGGGGCGCCUCAUUGAAGUUACUGAGGAAGAACUGCGGAAACACAACAGGAGAGAGGACUGCUGGACCUGCAUACGAGGUAUGGUGUAUAACGUGAGCGCCUACAUGGACUACCACCCUGGUGGAGAAGAGGAGCUGAUGAAGGCAGCAGGAGUAGAUGGAACUGAACUCUUUGACCAGGUCCAUCGCUGGGUCAACUAUGAGUCUAUGCUGAAAGAGUGCUUGGUGGGCAGGAUGAGCACCAAGGCCGCCACAGCUGUUAGAGCAAUCAUCCCUCCCCCACCUGUGACUGGCCUCGCUUCACCGACUUCAGUGGCUCCUCUUCCAGACAAAGACUCUCGCCCUCGGUACGAUUGGUUCCAGACUGAUGGGACUGUUCAUCUGGUUGUUUAUACCAGAAGAAAGAUACCCAGCUCAGGCUGUACCACUGUCGAUCUAAAGGCAGGUGUUCUUCGACUGGAGGUGCUGCUGGGGAAAAUGUCCUACAUGAUUCAUUUGCGUCUCUCUAAUGAAGUUGAGGAAAAUGUUGCAGUUCACACUGCUUUCUCCGUGGGAAAGAUCCAGGUUAGCAUACGCAAAGGUACUCACGGAAAAUGGGCGAGCCUCGGUCAACCUCUGGAGUCCCAUAAUACGUUUGUACGCCAAAAGGACCGAGCUCUCUUCUAUCGGGAUUGUGUGUUGGUGUCUAAGACUGAGGUGAACCACAACACUUACCUGUUCAGACUGCAGCUCCCUGCUGGGACUGUCAUGCAUGUGCCAGUCGGGAAACACGUCCAUCUGAAAGCGCUCGUCCAAGACGUGGAGGUAGUGAGGCCGUACACUCCAGUGGAGCACAUAUUUCCAGCAGCUUCUAAGAACUGGUCACAGGAAUCAGACCUCUACCUCAUGAUCAAAGUCUACCCUGAUGGAGCGUUCACCCCACACCUCAGCAGCCUGAGUGUCGGUGACCAUGUGGCCGUAAGUAGUCCAGAAGGCACCUUCAGUCUCCGCCCUCUUCGUGAUGUUACAAACCUCUACUUAAUAGCUGCAGGCACAGGCUUCACGCCCAUGGCUCGUCUCAUCCGUGCGGCCCUCGAAGACAUCGAAACCAUCGGAAACACAAAGCUGCUCUUUUUUAACCGACGAGAAGAGGACAUCCUUUGGCGCUUUGAACUGGAUGAAGUGGCUGCUAAUAAUGACAGGUUUCAGGUGGAGCAUGUCCUCUCUGAGCCCAGUGAACGCUGGACCGGCUGGAAAGGUCAGGUGAACGAGCCCAUACUUACUGAGAUGCUUGCCAGGCCUGAUGGGUCCAAAUGCUACGUGUGUGUCUGUGGCCCUGCAGCCUUUACAGAGCUAACACUCGGGUUGUUGAAGCAUCAGGGCUUCAGUGAGCAGGAGCUCCACGCCUUCCAGGGUUGACAUGAAGGGAACAUUGUGUUUCUAUGCGUCAAGAACUUGAUGAUGCUGAUACGUUUGAGGUGCUCUGAGGAACAUCAUAUAAAUAAAUAGAAAUAUCACUGGUACUGUUUCA